GAGUUCUCAACGUUGCUCAGCCAAGUAAACACAAACACUAACAGUACAACAAAAAAAGGCUCAAAAAAAGCCAAGUACUCACCACCCAGCAAAAUGAGUGACGAGGGACAAGACCAGCAACAAGCACAAGAACAAGCUGAAGAAGCGGGUGCUCUGACGCUGCCGCACGAGUUGCUUGUGAUUGUGCUGAGCCACCUCGCGUCCUUCUCGGAUAUCAUUGCAUGCGAGCGUGUGGCGCGUGCCUGGCAGGUUGCUGGCAGGACGGUUCGCGCAGACCGUGCGCGCAGAUUCAACGACCGGCUGCUGCGCAAGGGCGGAUUGCAGUUGGCACCGCUGCUCCUUGCACCCGAGGCGACGGUUGCCUUUGCAGCUACGACGACUACCACUACGACGACUACCACUACUACUGCAUCGAAUGGUAAUAAUUCUGGAAGUACGACCGGAACGGCGACGCUUGCAGACUCGAGUACAAGUCAUGCGAGUGCAAAUCUGAGAGGCUCACAUUGGUGGCAGCGAAACGCAGCGCGACUCCAGCCAUGCAGCACGCUAUCGAUGAUUGCCAUGCACUCAAACUACGUGUUUGUUCCUGCGCUCAAUUCCAUUCUCAUGGUCGGCGGCAAUGUUGCGUUCGAGUCGCGCGACCGCCAUUUGGUGGAGCCUGCCAAUCCGGCUCCUCACCCGGAAGAUCGCUUUGCAGCAAUCGCAGCGUACCCGGGUCGAAACUGGGGCAGAUGCUACAAUACCAUACGACUGUGGCAGCUGGACACGGGACAAUGUUUUAUUCUGAACUGCGCGACGGGCGCGCGGCUGGCGUACGAACGACAGAUGCAGCUCUUCCGCGGCCGCUAUGUUGUAAUGCUGCCGCAUCUCCUCAAUCACUUGCAAUACCAGACAGAGCUGCAGGUCCUCGAUCUCGCCACUGUGUCUGUCAUUUCGCUGCCGCAAACACUCCUUCCAGCGACCGGUCUGGGUCAUCUUGUCCUCGGCUCCCUUCCCAUCGCGUAUCCCGCAUCGUUCACCAUUGUCGAUGACAUGCUGUAUGCCGUGGACAAUCUCCACCGCACAUUCUUCAGCAUUGACCUGCGCCGUGCUCUCGAGCGACGGGCGGCUGACUGGGUUGUCACGAGCCACCUGUCCUUCUUUUUGGAUCACUUUGCCUCGGCGAUGACACCAACUUCCGUAGAACCGAGUGCUGAAUCGCCUCCCUUUCACAUUGGCGCGUUUGCUUGGCGGUCGGGCGACGAAGCCUUGCACCCCAUGGACGCCGCGCUCCUGUGGCUGUCCUUUGCUGGCGACGUUCUGCCUGUUGCGAGCUCGGUACAGGACAACUCUGCGUUCUCUGCGAAAUGGAUGAUGUCGCACCGCGUCGCCUCCAGGGCCGCAAUGCGCGCACAUGCAAUCAACGUCGAUGACUGCACCUUGUCGGCGGACGCGGCCUAUUCCGUUCCGCAAGAACUGGCCCUGCUUGUCGUGUUGGAACGAACAGAACCCCUGCAACCGCAGGUUGGAGGAGCUGCCACUACUGCGUUCUACCGCUCGCUACAUCACGAAACUUGUGUUGUCAGUCCAACGCGCUCCAACCUCUCCCUGAUCGCCACGCAACAGUCCACGCAUCCCAUUGCUUUUGGGACGCGACACGUGCACGAAGCGGGAUUGACCAGCUUGAGUGUAGAGUUACCCACGGACAUGUCUGAAGCGGAUUUCAUCGGCCAGAUCAUGCUGCCCUCGAGCCAGUUGGUGCCAUACGCGAACGAAGGCAUGCUAAUAAUAAAUCGGCUGGGAGUGUGGUUGCUGAACUAAGUGUAACGUAUUGUCGUGUAAUACAAAACAAAACAAGAAAAAAAAAUUAAACUGAAA